AUGAGCUCCACCUCUCAGAUCCGCCAAAACUUCUCCUCCGAGGCCGAGGCUACGGUCAACCACCGGGCCAACCUCUACCUGCAGGCCUCCUACUCCUACCUGUCCCUGGGUUUCUAUUUCAACUGGGACGAUGUCACUCUGCUGAGGGUGUCGCAUUUUUCCCGUGACACGGAGAAGGACAAACACGAGGACGCCGAGCGCCUUAUGCGGCUCCAGAACCAACAUGGGGGCCGGAUCCUCUUCCAGGCUGUGCAGAAACGAAGUCAAGAUGAGUGGGGCCGCAGCUUGGAUGCCAUGGAGGCUGCCCUGAGCCUGGAGAAGGAGGCCCUCCUGAAGCUGCACUCCCUGGGCUCCAGCCAAGGGGAUCCACACCUCUGCGAUUUCCUAGAAAGCUACUACCUGGGUGAAGAGGUGAGUCUGCUGAAGCGCCUGGGCGACCACCUGACCACCCUGCACCAAGUGCUGGCCGACCCCCAGCCCUGGCUGGGAGAACACCUGUUCGAGAGGCUGAGCCUGAAGCACGACUAG